GAGGGUGAAUCGCGCUAGAAGGAUUGCGCGGAGCUCAUUACUAGCACAGAAGUCAGUUUUUACAAAAGGUGGUAAGUCUGAAGGAAAGGAAAAUAUUUUCAAUUAUUCUUAACGAUAAGGACAAAUGAUCCGCAGAAAACGUUCAGCAAUUUCAAAGAAUUACACGAAGAGAAGUUCAAUAUGUGGUUUUCGAUAUUUGACACAAGAUGGUCGCACAUUCAUUUAGAGUACAAGAAGAAAUGCUGUGCGGGAAACUAUUGGCAAUUUUAAAAAAAUACACGGAACGAACAUCAAUAUGUGGGUUUCGAUAUUUGACACAAGAUGGUCGCACAUGCAUUGAGAGGUUAUUUUGGCUUGUAGUGUUGGCUGGUUGUUUUUUCGCUAACUAUCGACUGACAAAAUCGUCUUAUUAUGCAUAUCAGAAUCAUCCUGUGAAUUUUGUAACAGAUACUGAUUAUCUUCACUGGAAUACAUCUUUCCCACAAAUAGUUGUUUGUGAGACUGAAAGUUCACGUGUUCCUACAUCCUUAGAAUUUGUCGAGAAACAUUAUCCCGAAUACUACAAAGAUGACAUGGAAUUUGCACUUCUAGUUCACAGCUUCGUGUUUGAACCCGUCUGCAAUAAAUGCUCUUUCAACUGUGACGACAAUAACAAUCCGAUCUGUGAUAUUAAUUUUAAUUUCAAGGAACUUAGUCGCAAAUUGAAAUGGCCAUGUAAGAAACUGAUGAAGGAUUGCGUUUGGAAUGGGGAACCUUUUGACUGCUGCUCCAAAUUUGAAACUGUUGACACUGAACUAGGAUUUUGCUUUUCAGCAAACCCGAGUGUCUCGCAAUCUAAACCUCCAAUUAUGGUAGUUAACAAACAUACUGGACCAUCAGGAAUUGAAUUUAAAGUUACAAGACCUGCUCAGGUUUUUCUCUUAGGACCAGACGAAUCAGCAAAUUUUAAUGCAGCAAGCACUUCAUGUUUCACCAUCCUAAGAUCAUCAUUAUGCCGAAUGAUCUUCACGGUAAAAGAAAUGAAAAACGAUGAUGCAUUGAUUUAUGAAGACUUUGAAAGACGAAAAUGCAAGUUUCCUCAUGAAACAGAAUCGAAACGAUUCAAUAGAUAUAGUCAAACGGCCUGCAUAGUCGAUUGUCGUGCUCAUCACCAACUGAGGUUGUCGGAAAGUACUAUGUGUAAUAUAUAUGUUCUGACAAGCUAUCGUCUGAAGGGGAUAUCGUCUGCUUACGGACCAGGAAUAGAAUGUGACUGUCCACCUUCUUGUGUUGAACCAGAGUACAACGUUGUGUACAAAGAAUGUCUCAGAAAAAGGAUCUCCGGCAAUUUUGCAAGCGUUAGAAUACAAAUGGCUGGACUUCCAACGCAGAGGUUUAAAAGAAAUUUAUUCAAGAGUAAAUUGGAUUUGUUUGUGUCUUUUGGAGGAAUAGCAGGUUUAUUUUUGGGAGCAAGUUUGCUGAGUGUUGCGGAAAUAUUUAUAAUUUUCUGCGUUCGUCCAUUUUCACGACGUUUUUUUGGAAAUAAAUUAUGCUGUGAAAGAAAACAAAAAAGUCUUAGAAUUACAAUAAAAAUAAAUAUCAUUAAACAUAAACUCAUGAUAUUUUGGCUUCUAGUGUUGGCUGGUUGUUUUUUUUGUAACUAUCAGCUGACAAAAUCGUCUUAUUACGCAUACCAGCAUCAUUCGGUGAGUUUUGUAACAGAGACUGAUUAUCUUCACUGGAAUACUUCCUAUCCACAAAUUGUUGUAUGUGAGAUUGAAAGUGCAAGCAAGGCACCUAUAUCCAAAGAAUUUGUCAUAAAAAAUUUCCCCAAGUAUAAAGCGGACUGGAAACUCGCGCAGCUAAUUCACAGCGCUGUGUUUCAAGCCUUGUGUAUCGAGUGUUCACACUACUGCAACGACAAAAACAAGCCUACCUGUGAUGUAAAUUUCAAUUUCAAGGAGCUUGGUCGUAAAGUGAAAGAGAUAAAAAACGACGAAGCAUUGAUUUAUGAAGACUUUGAAAAACGAAAAUGCAAGUUUCCUCAUGAAACAGAAUUGAAACGAUUUGACAGGUACACGGAAAGUACUAUGUGUAAUGUAUAUGGUUUGAAGUGCCUUGGUGAUCAUAAUCUACUUCUGAGAGGAUUUCGUCUGAAGGGAGCUGCUUACAGAGCAUGGAUAGAAUGUGACUGUCCACCUUCUUGUGUUGAACCAGAGUACAACGUUGUGUACAAAGAAUGUAGCAAAAAAAGGAUCCCUUUAAUAUCUCUGGCAAUUUUGAAAAAAUGUAAUUAUUUAGUUUUAAAAGGUUAUUUAUCAGAAAUAAUAUAA